AUGCUUCCGGGGGUCGCGCAGCCGACGGGCGGGAGGGCGGGCGCUGGAGCCCGCAGCAGCAGCAGCAGCAGCGCGAGGCCGGAGCGCGGGCCGGGCCGGGUGGGGCGGGGAAGGGGCGGGGGCGGCGGCGGCGGCGAGGCCGGGAGCGUGCGCGCGCACCUCACACUCCGCCGCUCGGGGACGCCCACUCGCGAGUCGGGGCCGGAGGCAGGCCCGAGCCAUCCGCCCCACCCCCGCACGCCGGCUCCCCUCAGGAGUGUGCCCAACGGGUGUCGGCAGUCGGCUGCUCUGCGCCCUCCCGGCCUAGGGAGCCACGGGACGAGGACCGGGCCGCAGCCCCGCACCGCGUGGACGCGCUGCCUCUCCCGCAGCCGUCGCCGCCACCACCAGAGCGAGCGGCUGCGAGCGACCGGAGGUCGCGCCGCGGGGGCCCCCACGGCGGCCAGGCAGUCCCCCACGGCGGCCAGGGAGGAAGGAGACGCAGCUGACCUCUGCCCGCCCAAGGCGCGACUGCUCUCGCGAGCCCAGGGCCGCCGCCACCCCCGGGCUGAGCGAGGAAUGAGCAGGCGCCUGCCCCGGGUUUUCGGACAGGCGGGCCGCGGCUUUGCUUCUUCCCACGCCGCGGGGUCGCGGAGGCUUGGUCGCCGCGGCCGGGCACGGCGGGGUCAGAAGCGGCCUCCCUCUGGGAGCCGGCGCCUGGGUUAA